UCGUCACCGCUCCUGGUCAUGUGUCUGUGACGCAUCUGUGUGGCCCACCUGGGGCCCGGGGUCCUGCUCCAUUGUGUUUGUGUUGACUCAGUGUCUGACAAAAUCAGGUGAAACCCACGGCUGUGAGCUGGGCUGGACCGUGUUCUUCCUGUCACGUACGUGCGUGUACACGUUACUUAGAAACUGAAAUAAAGUCUAAUUUUGGAAGCUCCUGUUUGGUGGAAUGUGUGGAAACGGGACUCAAGGGGCAGGGGAGGAGGUGGCCUGGGCCGCUGGCACUGCCUUGGGGCCUGGAGGACUUCCGGCCACUGCCUGCCUCUCAGCAGAAGAUCCUGCUCCCAGGCCCAGUGAGGACACCCGCCAAGGGGAAGUGUGCUCAGAGGGGCAGCCCAGCCCUCGCCUCCCUGUCCACACCCUCGGGCUCCCCACCCCUGGGAGGAGAGGAGGUGGGGCAGCCCCGCGCCCGCACAAAAGGUGCUGGGGACGCGUGGCUCAGAUCUGCCCAGAAAGAACAGUGAGCACCACAGGGGGCGUGCGCGGAGGCUGGUAGGGCCGUGGGCUGGGCUCCCCACCCACCAUGUCUGCACCCCCAGGAAGCAUGGCCGCCUGCCCCGUGCUGGGUCUUGCUGCUCUCCUCUGCCUCUCUGCGCCCCAGGCCAACUCCGUGGUGCAGUAUCGACAGCCGGUGCACGUGGUGCUUCUGGAACCCCAAGGGAGGGACUGCUCUCACAUCUGGGCGGAGAGACCCCGCGCCCCGAGCGGUGUGUACACUGUCCAGCCAGAAGGAGCCAGCACCCCCUUCAGGGUUCUCUGUGACAUGCGCCCAGACGGUGGCUGGACAGUGAUUCAGAGCCGAGACCAGGGCCGGGGGACGCCUCUGGACUUCGAGAGGUGCUGGCAGGAGUACAAACAGGGCUUCGGAGACCUGAGAGGUGACCACUGGCUGGGGCUGGAACACAUCUCUAGCCUGACCUCCCAGCCGGGCCUGCGCUCCGAGCUGAGCGUGGAUCUCCUGGACGCGGACAACCGUACGCUGCAGGCCCACUAUGAUGACUUCCGCGUGGGCAGGGAGGAACGGUUUUACCAGCUGACCCUCGGCCAGUACUCGGGGAAUGCAGGGGAUGCGUUCCGGGGCUUGGGCCACACGGACAACCAGGAGGGCUGUGGCUUCAGCACGCUGGACCGUGACCAUGACCGCUGCUCGCCUUGCGUGGACGGCUCCCAGACCUUCACCAGCUGCAGCCACGAUCGCUCGGGCGCUGGAUGGUGGUACAGCGACUGCGGCCGUGCUGACCUCAACGGGCUGUGGCCGGAGCAGGCAGGGGCCGCCUCGGGCAUGCGCUGGGCUGCUGGUGACCACCAGCCCGCUCUGCGCGCCAGCGUGCUGCGCGUGCACACCACUGCUUCCGGCAAGGUCUAGGCCUCCCGCCCGUCCAUGGCCGAGCCUCAUUAAAUGUUCAAGCCUGGC